UGCAAUCGUCCUCGGCUACUGCAUCCUCUCUUCUCGAGACUCUUCUUCUCCUCUCAUCUCUCAGGCAGUUUUUAGAUUUUUAACCUGUCGUACCAGUGAGGAAGACAAAAAUCAUGGCUCCGAACGGUGUGAACGGUGUGAACGGCGUUCACGAUGACGAUGAAGAAAUUGACUACUCUGACAUUGAAGCAAAAUACCAAGUCCAGUAUGAAGAGGGUUUCGACAACAUUUUGGUCGUGGAUGGUGUGCCCGUGAUCGACAAGUCGAAGCUCAGCAGGUUGCUCGACAAGAUCGCGAAGGAGUUCUCGCGCAAGGGUGCCUCCAUUAAGUCCGACGACAUCUCGGUCCCAUGGGAUGACUCGACGGGAAAAAGCAAGGGAUUUGUCUUCGUUGAAUUCAAAAAUUCCAAUGAUGCAAUGUUCGCGCUGAACGCGAUGCAUGGGCAUCCAUUCGAUGCCAGGCAUACGUUCUUGGUCAACCGCUUCACAGACAUCGAGCGCUAUGCUAAUUUGGACGAGACGUAUGCGGAGCCCGAGCCUGAGGAGUACAAGCCUAAGGAGCACCUGCGCGCUUGGCUUGGCGACUCCCAAGGCAGGGAUCAGUACGCAACCUACCGAGGGGACGAGGUGGAGAUCCACUGGCAAGGGAAGCCGUCACAAUGCGAAGUCGCAUUUACCAGACCCAAUUGGACCGACCUUUAUGUAUCUUGGUCGCCACUUGGCACAUACCUUGCCACCCUCCACCGACAAGGUGUGCAAUUAUGGGGUGGUACGUCGUGGGCGAAGCAGCAGCGCUUUGCGCACCCUAUGGUCAAGCUCAUCGACUUCUCACCGAACGAGACCUACAUCGUCACCUGGUCGCAUGACCCCAUUGUUGUGCCGGAGGGUGCACAGCAGGGACCGCAGUUCUUUUCGCCUGAGGACGAGGGCAACAAUAUCGCUGUCUGGGAUACCAUGACUGGUAACCUCCUUCGUACUUUCCCUGCCAUCUACCCCGAGGGUGAGGACACGAAAAAGCAGAUGCAAUGGCCCGCUUUGAAGUGGAGCGCGGACGACAAGUUUGUUGGUCGUGUGACACCAGGACAGCAGAUCAGUGUGUAUGAGCUGCCGAGCAUGGGUCUGCAAGGCAAAAAAAGUAUCAAGAUUGACGGUGUUGUCGACUUUGAGUGGUGUCCUCUCGGCGACAAGGACCGCGAGGACGCUGAGGCUGAGGCGAAGGCGAAUGGCGCGAAGAGCACUAAGAAGCCCAAGGAGAACAUGCUGGCGUACUGGACACCUGAAGUGGCCAACCAGCCCGCCCGUGUGACACUCAUGAACUUCCCCGGCCGAGCUAUCUUGCGGCAGAAAAACCUGUUUAAUGUUACAGAGUGUAAGCUCUUCUGGCAAAACCAGGGUGACUUCCUUUGUGUCAAGGUUGACCGUCAUACCAAGACGAAGAAGUCAAUAUUCUGCAACCUGGAAAUCUUCCGUGUACGCGAGAAGGACUUCCCGGUUGAGGUUGUCGAGCUCAAAGACGCCGUCACUGAUUUCUCGUGGGAGCCAAAGGGAGAGCGGUUUGCACUCAUUUCAAGUAAUGACCCAAACUUGGGCAACCCCGGUCCUGGUGUGACCAUCAAGACGGACGUCAGCUUCUACCAGCUCGUCCGUGGAAAAGGCGACUUCAAACUCCUCCGCACGUUGCCCGGUCGGACAAGCAACACCGUCCGGUGGUCCCCUCGGGGACGUCAUGUUGUCCUUGCGACGAUCGGCUCAUCAAGCAAGUCAGAGCUGGAGUUCUGGGACCUCGACUUCAACUACGACGAUAUUGGCCGCCGAGACGGACCGUCGAAAGAAGAGUGGGGAAGUGGCAUCCAGCACCUGGGUACUGCCGACCACUAUGCCGUCACGGAUGCUGAGUGGGAUCCCAGUGGCCGUUAUCUGGCUACCAGUGCAAGUGCAUGGAGACAUACACUCGAGAACGGGUAUGCCGUCUGGGAUUUCCGAGGGCAGGAGCUCGAGAAGCACAUCCUCGACCGUUUCAAGCAGUUCCUCUGGCGCCCGCGUCCCCGCUCACUUCUCACCAAGGAGCAGCAGCGCCAGAUUCGCCGCAAUCUCAAGGAGUACAGCCGGCAGUUCGAGGAGGAGGAUGCAGCCGAGGAGAGCAAUAUCAGCGCAGAACUCAUCGCACAGCGCAAGCGGCUCGUCGACGAGUGGAACGCAUGGCGUGCGCGGGUCAAGGAGGAGGUUGCGGAGGAGCGCCGACAACGUGGCAAGACAGUCGACGUAGACAGCGAGAAAGAGCCCGAGGAGUCAAAGGAGGAGAUGGAGUUGUGGGUCGACGAGGUGAUCGAGGAAACAGAAGAGGAGGUAGCGGAGUAGAUCUGUUGUAUGUACCAUCCUCUGUUUAUGUGUAUCGACGUCUUUGCUUCUGUAUGCUUGCGUUCUCAGUGUCGGACUAUACGACACGUCUUCUGAA